AUGCAUGCAGCAGUGAAACAUCAAUGCACACUGGACCCCACCCACCCCUAUUCCAUCUCUCUGCUUUACCAAAAUGGUGAUGGAGUUGCGAGGACAAGUGGUCAUUCUGAGGAAAUUGACAGCCAGUUUUUGUCAGCUGCACCUGAGAUGCAUACUUGUACAUCAGGGAGCUCAGAGAACUGGAUGGUGUUGUCAAUUGCAGGGGAUAAGCCCACUGCUAGAUCCUAUCAUGCUGCAGCUGUUGUUGAGAAUAAGAUGGUAGUGGUUGGGGGUGAAUCAGGGAGUGGAUUGUUAGACGAUGUGCAGGUGAGGGUGCUAAAUUUUGACAGGUUUUCGUGGACCACGGCAUCAUCUAAGCUUUACUUAUCGCCAAGUAGUCUUCCACUGAAGAUUCCUGCUUGCAAGGGGCAUUGUUUGGUUUCUUGGGGGAAAAAAGCACUUCUCAUUGGAGGGAAAACAGAUCCAGCAAGUGACAAAAUUUCUGUAUGGGUGUUUGAUACAGAGACAGAGUGCUGGUCACUCAUGGAAGCAAAGGGAGACAUACCGGUGGCUCGCAAUGGUCACACAGUUGUUAUGGCUAACUCUGUUUUAAUAUUGUUUGGAGGAGAAGAUGCAAAAAGGAGGAAACUGAAUGAUUUACAUAUGUUUGAUCUCAAGUCCUUGACAUGGCUUCCACUUCACUACACGGGAGCAGCACCUUGUCCAAGAUUCAACCAUGCAGCAGCACUUCAUGAUGGUAAAAUUCUAUUUAUAUUUGGAGGAGCGUCAAAAUCCAGGACCUUGAAUGACUUGUAUUCACUUGACUUUGAAACAAUGGCAUGGUCAAGAAUAAAAAUACGUGGUUUCCAUCCAUCACCAAGAGCUGGUUGCUCUGGUGUAUUAUGUGGCACUAAAUGGUAUAUUACAGGGGGUGGAAGCAAGAAAAAACGACACGGGGAGACUUUGGUAUAUGAUGUUGUAAAAAGUGAAUGGUCUGUGGCAAUUGUGUCACCUCCAUCUUCUAUUACGACCAACAAGGAACUUAGGUAUAAUGGGUUGGUGUAUUUGGUAAAGAGAAAGAAAAUAUAG